UAAUACAUUGUCAAAAUGGGAGUAAAGUUGUUUGUGUUCCUCGUGUUAAUAGUGGUCCUGGGUGUCGUGAAAGCCGCUGUUGUAAUAAAUGUGUUUGAAGAUGAUAACAGAAACACCUUGGAGGGUGGUUGCAACAACCGAGCAUGUGACCAGCUAUGUCGGCGGCUCGGCUUCACAGGGGGCGUCUGUGUCGGCGACAGGUGCAAGUGCGACAACUUUUCUCCACUAAUAGAUAACGAAAACACCUUGGAGGGUGGUUGCAACAACCGAGCAUGUGACCAGCUAUGUCGGCGACUCGGCUUCACAGGGGGCGUCUGUGUCGGCGACAAGUGCAAGUGCGACAACUUUUCUCCAUUAAUAGAUAACGAAUACACCUUGGAGGGCGGUUGCAACAACCGAGCAUGCAACCAGCUAUGUCGGCGACUCGGCUUCACAGGGGGCGUCUGUGUCGGCGACAGGUGCAAGUGCGACAACUUUUCUCCACUAAUAGAUAACGAAUACACCUUGGAGGGCAGUUGCAUCAACCCAGUAUGCGACCAGCUGUGUCGGCGACUCGGCUUCACAGGGGGCGUUUGUGUCGGCGGCAAAUGCAACUGCAACCGCUUUUCUCCACUAAUAGAUAACGAUUACACCUGGGAGGGCGGUUGCAACACCCGAGCAUGCGAACGGUUGUGUCCGCGACUCGGCUUCACAGGGGGCGUCUGUGUCGGCGACAGAUGCAAGUGCGACAACUUUUCUCCACUAAUAGAUAACGAAUACACCUUGGAUGGCGGUUGCAACAACCGAGCAUGCGACCAGCUAUGUCGGCGACUCGGCUUCACAGGGGGCAUCUGUGUCGGCGACAGAUGCAAGUGCGACAACUUUUCUCCACUAAUAGAUAACGAAUACACCUUGGAUGGCGGUUGCAACAACCGAGCAUGCGACCAGCUAUGUCGGCGACUCGGCUUCACAGGGGGCAUCUGUGUCGGCGACAGAUGCAAGUGCGACAACUUUUCUCCACUAAUAGAUAACGAAUACACCUUGGAGAGCGGUUGCAACAACCGAGCAUGCGACCAGCUGUGUCGGCGACUCGGAAUCACAGGGGGCGUCUGUGUCGGCGACAGAUGCAAGUGCGACAACUUUUCUCCGCUGAUAGAUAACGAAUACACCUCGAAGGGCGGUUGCAACAACCGAGCAUGCGACCAGCUAUGUCGGCGACUCGGCUUCACAGGCGGCGUCUGUGUCGGCGACAGGUGCAAGUGCGACAACUUUUCUCCUCAAAUUUCAGAUAACCUUGAAAAAUUGGCUUGCAAUGACUCAUCGUGUAACUCCUUGUGUCGGCGAAAAGGCUACCUCUAUGGCGUUUGUGUAAACAACAAGUGCGAAUGCAGUAAGUUCUCAAAAAAACUUACAUACAAUGAAAUAGAAAUCGUCAAUGGUGAAAAUGAAAAUCUUGUAGACUAUCAAAUUAUUUGA